AAAAGCUUUAGUUGAAUUUAGUGAAUACACAUACAUCUACUGUGUACUUCCAACUCAAAAGACUUCAGAAGUGAAACGGCUUCUGGCAACAAAAAUCCAAUUUUAGGGUUUCCAUCACAACAAUUUUUGAUGAAACGGCUUCUGGGUUAUCUUGGCCCGUUAUGUGUUAAAAUUCCGGCAACUAAAGACCAAUUUUAGGGAUUGCAAAACUAGUAUUUCCAUCAGAACAAUUUGGGGGCGUUAUAAAGAAUCUUUCUUAGUAGCUCAGUUGGUUGGUUGGUUACUUGGACUUUUACCUUGUUGAUAAAGGUGAAGAUGGCUAUCGAUGCUGGAUCCGGGAGCAAAAGCAAGGAUAGCAACGGUAGUAACUCAAAGAACAAAUUCGUUAGUAAAGGAUCAUCAAGUUUUGACUUGGGAAAGACAGGUGUAUCGACAAGAUCCUCGGUUAAGGCAACCUCAUCUAAACAAAUGGAUUUAAGACCUGCGUAUAAAAGGAAGUCUGAGCGCCUCGAAAAGCGACCCCCACCCAUGCCUUCUGCUAAGAAGAAGUCUGGCAGACUUGAACAACAGAAUGCUCCGAGCCAUUUAAGAAGGUCUGAAAGGUUCUCUACUUCAUCAGUAUCAAAGCACUUGGGCGGGGAAUCCAGUUCGUCUAGUAUAAAGGAGGAGAAACGUGAGAAGAUUGUGAAGAAGCUGACAAUGGAAUCAGAAAGUGUUAGCACUAGGAAUAAGAACUAUACAACACCCGUUGAUUUAAAAAGGAAAAAAAUGGAUAGCAGAGCUUACAGGUUGUUAUUCAAAAAGCGAAAGAAAGAAAAUAUUGCAUCAGAUGUUUGUGAAGAUGAUGGUACUGAUGGGGAGCAUGGUUCUAAAUCUCAAUCUAGUCCGUUGCAUGACAUAGACCUGGUUGAGCCUCCGAAAUCUCAAUCUAGUCCGUUGCAUGACACAGACGUGGUUGAGCCUGAAGAAAGAAGAAUGCUAUACGAUGAGCAGAAAAACCUCCAUAUCCAUCUGAAAGCUGAGAUAGCAAAACUAUUUGGAGUGAUAAAAGUUUCGGAAGUCAUCAAACGCAUGGCAGAAAAAUUUCUGGAAUAUAUUAUGGAGAAUCAUCGUGUUAGCAGGGAACCUGAAACAAUUUUACAGGCUUUCCAGAUAUCUGUGUCUUGGACCGCAGCUUCAAUCUUAAAGGAAAAGAUUGACAAAGACUAUAUAUUUUCGCUCGUAAAACAACAGUUAAAGUUCAGAUGCACUAAAGAAGAGGCAAACAAUGUCUAUCUGAAGCUGCGUUCCUUAAAGAAGAUGUUUUUGCAGAGAUUGGAUCAGAACGGUAGUGUUUCAAGCUCUUCAAGACAUCCUAUAUCACCAGUGAAAUCUGUUGGAGAAGAACCAUCUAAGGACAGCACAUCGCAAGCUGUAAAAUCUACCCAACUGAACGUGGAAACUGAUACCAUAGACAGGUUACAAGAUAAUGAGUUAAGUGGAGAAGGCACUGUUACUCCUACGGAAAAACUUAGGGCUAGUCAAAGGGAAAAGGUCGUUAAGGAGGUUCAGUGUGGACAUGGAAAGCGAAUAUCCAUGCUGGAACAAGAGGAAAAGGAGAAAAUUGAGGAGUUCCAUAGAAGGUGGGAGAAGAAAAAAGAAGUGAUAGAGGAUGAGUGCAGACUGGAGAUAGCUGUUCUUCGUGCUAUACAUGGUGAGAAUGCAGCGACGAAGGAUAGACAAAAAUCAUUAGAAUCUAAGUUUGCAAAGAAAAUUGAAGCGCACACACGUGAUAAGGACCAGCAACUGAAAGAACUUGAGGCUAAAUACGCUGCUACGAGGAAUGAGGAAAUGCAGAAGGUUUCAUCACAGCGGACCAGAGAAAACUCCUCUGGUAGGGGCCCCUAUUCUGGGGGCGAGCUGGAGUGCUCUCAGGAAAAUUUAAAUGUCGUUGACAGUAUUCCUAAGACAACUGUCUCCGACUUUCAGGGUGACAUGGCAGCAUCUGAUGCACCUGCAUCUUCUCCAGACGCGUGUGAUGUGCUUCCUGUUCAAUCUACUAAUGUUUUAGCAGCUUCUGGUUCAGAAGAGCCAGCUGAGAUCACAUCCACGGAGAGAGCAUCUGUUGCUGCUGCUAAGCAGUUCAAUGACGCAGGUAAUUCUGGUGGCAGUGAAGAAAACAUUGUCCGCAAGGUUCCCCCGUCUCCCAAAGAACAUGCUGGUGAAAUUGCAUCAGACAAGCGAAGUAGAGACUGUUUGGAAAUAUCUGAAGUUUCUUUUAAUGAAGCUGUUGGACAUGAUAAAAUUUCUGUAGUAAAUAACACUAUUCAAGAAUUGGUUAAAGAAAAUAGUUCUUCUUUGCCAAAUGUUGUUGGAAAACAGCGAGAUGAGGUUAGUUCCAUUGACAGAAACCAAACAACUCCAGAGGAAUUGCCAGCAGACUUGCCUCGUGUAGCAGCAGUUCCUUCUUCAGAUGAUGCUAGUUCUUUGCCGCAAAAUCUUGUAAAUUUAGAUGAAUGUUCCCGGUCUUCAGGAGAUAAUGAAACAAACAAUAACGAUAUGCCACUUGGUGAAAACCAGAUUGGAAUGCAAACUGAACUUGUUUCUGAACAUACGAUAAACAACACUUCUGAAGCAAUUUUAGCGGGUAGUUGUGAGCAACAUCAUAGAGUAUAUGAUGGUGUUCCCGUUGCUACUCAUCAUACUCACAGGGAAUGUGCACCUCAAGCUCAUGAUGAAAGGAACUCCACUCCAAUCCCUGGAUCCUCCCCCCAUGCAACAGAACCUUCACGUCAAGUUGUUUCUCCAGCUGGGGGAAAUCCGGAGCCUUGUACAUCUGUUCGGUCAGACGUUAGGGUUACCAACAAUCAAUCUAGCUUACCAGCAGUCAGUAGAGUGCAUCCUCAAUCAACUACGAAUCUGUGUGGAUCUAGCACCAUGCCCGUGCGUCCUGUCCAUCAGAUGGCCAAUACUAAUUUAGUUCUUCCUUUCCAUGCUGACCCUCUUCAUAUAGAAUGGGAAAAAAUACAUAAAGAAAAAGAACAAGCGACAAAGGGCCUUGAGGAUCUGAAAUUGCAUUUGAGAUCUGAGUGUAAGAAAGAGAUAGAGGUGGCUAUAUCAUCAAUCAGUAAGAAAUAUGAUUUAAAGCUUCAGGAGGUUGAGGCAGUAUAUCUUUUGAAGAAGAAGGAGCUUGAUAUGAAUCAGAGCAAAAUUCUCAUGAAUAAAGCUCUGGCUGAUGCUUUUAGAUUUACGUGCUUGGAUGUCAAAAUUCCUGACUUUCCAGUUGCGCCUCCUGGUUAUAUGCCGCAUCUACAUCCGGUACGACAGCAGCAGAUUUUAAGAUCUUCCCCAAUCAGUAGUUCGUCCCCAGCUCGCCAACCUGUGCCGGCCCGGCAGACUUCUAUCUCAUCUUCACCAGUUGCUAAUUGUUCAGUACAUUCGGCAGAAACUUCUUUGCCUCCAUUGAGAUCUUCAGCUGUUGCUGGCUCAUCAUCUAGCCAACCCGCUGCUGUUAGUCGUUCAACCGUAUUUUCUGCAGGAAGUGUAAGCAGGCCGCCGCCGCCGCCACCUCUCAUUAGUGCAAUCACCCCUUCCAGGGGUAACCAUCGAUUAGGUGGCGAGUUUCGUGCUCCAGCCCCACAUCUUCAGCGUUUCAAGGGACCCACAUCAACCCCUGUUAGCAGUUCAUCAACCCUUCCAAAUGGUAUGACAGUUCAUCCACGGCCCGUUUACGUGGCUGCAUCUCUUCGACCAGCAUUGCAAAAUCAAAUACAGCCACCCAUAGUGCAACAAUUACCUGUAAAUCUUCCUGAUACUGGAAAUGCAUCAUCGAACCGUGGCCUUGGAGUAGGAAUGCCUGCUAUACAGAGUCCAUCUCUCUCAGCACGAGAACUGCUUCAAGAAAUGGAGAAUCGAUCUCGAGCAAACAGGCCUAAUUUUAUGCCACCUUUACCAGAUAUUGGCUGUAACUUUGAUUCAUUAGACCUAUCUGAAUUUCAUUCACCGGGCAGUGUACAGGGAGGUGCUAUCUCUUCAGAGACAGUUGCUAAUGUAAGUGGUGUCGUUUGUCUGUCCGAUGAUGACUGAACUAUUGGAUAAUGAAGUGGAUUUUCGUGUGUA